AUGUGUCGCAAAGUGGUAGCAAGACCACAACUACACAAACAAACAGAAAGAACUGCGCGGAUUUAGAGUCGAUGCAGCUUCAACUGGAAAACAACGGUUUCUAACACGAUGGCUGCCUCCUCUUCGUCCUCCUCCGCGGGGGGUGUCAGCGGCAGCUCGGUGACAGGAUCCGGAUUCAGCGCCUCAGAGCUCAUCCCCCCCAGGAAAGUGCUGUACACAUAUCCUAAAGGUGCAGGAGAGAUGAUGGAAGAUGGCUCUGAUAGAUUUUUAUGCGAGUCUGUAUUCAGCUACCAAGUGGCCUCAACACUGAAACAGGUCAAACACGAUCAACAAGUGUCUCGUAUGGAGAAGCUGGCGAGCUUGGUGGAGGAGCUGGAAGCGGACGAGUGGCGAUACAAACCCAUCGAACAGCUGCUGGGAUUUACACCGUCUUAAGUAAAGAUGACCCAGAUGCCUUCGGUUAAUAAAUCAGCCAAAUAUAAGGAAAAGGGAAGGAGCUACUUUUAUUUCAGUUCAUAAAUUAUAUCCCUUCUUUUAUGGGUUUGUGUGAAAUGUUACCUGGAGAUAAACAAUGUGAGAUGUAAUAUUUUAUCACUCCUUUUUAUUGUAUGAACAUGGUUUACUUAUUACUUGUAAAGCAAGGUGUUCUAUUCAUCCCUGCAUAUUUAGAUAAACACUUCUCAACUUCAAAUCUUCUAUGAUAACUUAACAAAUUCAACUUUUGUAAUAGAUUGUUAAUACUUUUCAACUGGUUUAAGCCAGUCCACUCUGCCCUAAGGCUGAGAUAAGAAAACUAUCUUUGCUAAUGUAAUAAAUCCCUUGAAGUGAGACGUUGUUUUUCCACUCGGCUGCUCUGUAACUCAUGAAUCUGAAAACCUGGUGCCUGUUCAGUCCACCCUCUUCUGUGUGGAUCCUGGUCGCUGCUCGAAAACAAAGAAAGCUUGUAAAUAAAGUCACACUUCGACAUG